AUGUCGAGCCAUGACGUCGUCAAUGUUGAAAUGGAUGACGAUGCGGCUGUGCGUAGUCUCGUUGCAAAGCAUGUGGCCAAGCACUUGGCAAUCAUGACAGAGCGUGCGGAGACCAGCCGUGGCUUGCCUGCCCAGCUAGCAUGUCCUGCUCCGGUGGACAGAUCUCCUGAACCACCCCAGCACCAGUUGAAGAGGCAGAACGCUCAGUUCUUUGAGUUCAAGGUUAGUCCCAGCUUGCAGCAGUACAUGUCGUACGGCCACGCACGUCCGGUGGAGCCUGAAACUGAAGUUCCUCAGCCGGUUCUCCGCACGGUGGCGACACCUCAGCGUGGCGACUUGCAGUCCCUUCCCAGUGCCGGGUCGAAUGGCACGCAUGAGCCCGUGGAAGCGAAGCAGGAGUACAUCUUUUUCAACUUUGAUGCUGAAUGUCUUGGUUGGACUGAAGGUGACAAAGCACCAGAAGAGACCCAGCUCGACACACCGAGCUCACCCCGGCCAUGGAGCGAGUCUGGCUGGGAUUUCCGAAGCCCUGCUCCAAGCAAAGCUUUGUUUACCCCAGAGCAGGCUGUUGCUGAGAAGAAUGAAGCUUCCGAAGAAGCUCCUUCAGCUGCCCUCUUAUCCAUGGAUGGAUAUUGCAAUCUUGAGCCUGAGAUUCCGAUGGAGGAAUCUUGGCUACAUUUUAACAGUUUUGCUUUUUGCUGUGAUUAUUCUUUGCAGCUGCUUGAAGUGCAUGUUUUGCUGACUGAGGCACCGAACGUCGAUGAUCAGGCUGUUGCUAACCAUGGGCCGGAGUCUGAAUCGGAGGUUGAACCGAAGGAUGACAUGUUGGGCGUGCCGGUGGAGCCUGCGCCCAAGCGUCCCCGCAUUGCUGCGCCACCUUCUGUUGUCGUUCCGCCUGAAGCUGUUGACACGGACCAGGCUAGGAUCACCGCCGACACAUCGCCAAACAGCAAGGCGGCCAUCCUUGAGGAACGUAAGGUUGAGAAGAAGCCAGCACCGCCAGCGCCCAAGCCCUCCCAAGCAGAAGCGUCGCAGAGCACAUCGGCAUCUUCCGGGAAGAAGAAAAGCAAGCAUGAGAUUCGCUGGGCCUUUGACCCUUGA